UGUCGCGGUGCCCGGCCGUCGUGCGGUACUUAUUGUCCGUCGUCGUCGUCGUUGUGAUCGGGAGAGCGAAAGGGACAUUGGCAGCACUGACGAUGCUCCUUUCCAGAUGGUAUCUCCGGUGACUAAUACGCGACUCGACUGUACAUACGUGCAUACUCCACUAGCGUGCAUCACCACGGUGAGGAGGAGCGUUUUAAACAGGCCGUAUCUCGUGCAGCGCGUGAAAUGAGCAUUCCCUGAGUCCGCGACAAUCCAAGAAAUAAUCAGAGAGAAGUAAUACAAGCUACAACUUGUGUUGAGAAACUGCAUCAUGACAGAAUACAAGCUUGUGGUAGUUGGAGCUGGAGGUGUUGGAAAAUCAGCGCUCACCAUCCAGCUGAUACAGAAUCAUUUUGUCGACGAAUAUGACCCUACCAUCGAAGACUCAUAUCGAAAACAAGUGGUGAUCGAUGGCGAGACGUGCCUUCUAGAUAUAUUAGACACAGCUGGACAAGAGGAAUAUAGUGCAAUGAGAGAUCAGUAUAUGAGAACAGGAGAAGGAUUCUUGUUAGUGUUUGCUGUGAACUCGGCUAAAAGUUUCGAGGACAUUGGAACGUAUAGGGAACAAAUAAAACGAGUGAAAGAUGCGGAAGAAGUACCAAUGGUGUUAGUAGGAAAUAAGUGUGAUCUUCAGCAGUCUUGGGCGGUAAACAUGGGUCAGGCGAGAGAGGUCGCGCGACAGUAUGGUGUGCCAUUUGUAGAAACUUCCGCGAAAACGAGAAUGGGCGUAGACGAUGCAUUUUAUACCUUGGUCAGAGAAAUACGGAAAGAUAAAGAACGUACAGGUAAACCAUCUGGCAGUAGCGGGCAUAAGAAGCGUCGAUGCUGUCUUUUAUAAGUCUUUGGAUAACACCAAUAUACUUUUACUCGACUACUACGACUACUACAACGCAGAAAUAGAAUAUAAAAAGCCUUACAUUAUGUUCACGGUGCACAAACAUUUACAGCUUAUUCUAUAGACUAUUGUAAUGAAUUGCAAGCACAAUUUUUUCUAUACAUUGAGAAAGAAGAACAAAUUACCUAAUAGUACGUUUUUACUAAUGGGCUUACGUUGCAUAUAAGAUGUUUACUUGGCAGCUUACUUGCCAUAUAAUUCUUACUUGAAGCGUCUUAACCCUUGAUUGAAAGAAUGAUAUUCAUUUUUUUUUUAAUUACAUAUAUCUAACGUUGGCAUAAAUAGACAUUGAAUUUUGUAUAUAUGCUUAUAUAUGAUUGCAAAAUUACAAUUAGUUUGCAAAUAUUACACCAAAUUUGACGCUAAUAUUUGUAUUAACAAAUGUUGGAUUCUGUCGUCUGUAAUGCAGAAAAUUUAUUAUAAAACGAAUAGAUCGUGAUGACAAAGCAUGAACAUGUGGCAUGAAAUGUGACAUGUAUAUAUUACAAGUAGGUUAUUUAAAUAAUAUUUAGUUGAUAUAUGCCAUUAAUCACGUGUUGCACUAAUGAAUUUUAAUCAAACAGCAAUAUUAGUAAAAUAAAAUUAUUCGAGUGAACGAAUUGUUUUGUAACUUGUGAAUUAAGUUUUGUAUUAUUGCCAUUUUGUAGAUCAAAUACUUGCCAAGCAAUUAAAAUUAUUAUUCUAAAGAAGAAAAAAGUUCUGAAUCACGAAACGUAUCACAAACUUAAUUCAUUAUGUGCUGUGAUUAGAUAUUCUUAAAUAUAUCAAGUUAGUUAAGUGUACUGUGAUUAAGUCUGCAAUUUUUAAAUAAGACUUUAUUUGAUAGUUAUAUAUAUAGGGGAAGACGUGGAGGAGGGAGAGUACACGACAUAACUAAACUGUAUUCUCUAUCUACGUAAUUCAUUUUUUUGGUACAAUUUGGAGGUAGACGUAAAUCAAAUAAAUAUUGUAUACCAUACCAAAAUAAAGUUGCAUGCCGACUAAAUUUAAACAGGA